AUGGCACCUUCUCCGCCUCGACUGCGAAUCCUUUCAGUGGGUGGAAAUGCAGUUUCCGCUUUCUUGUCAUGGCGGCUGCAAGCCACCAACGCCUGCGACGUGACCUUGGUGUGGAAAGCCAAUUACCAGGCUGUCGCCCAAUAUGGUGUCUCAUUCAAAUCUUCUCUGUAUGGAAAUGAACGAUUUAAGCCCAGAUUCGUCGUCCAAAGCCCUGAAGAGGCGGCAAGCCAGCAGGCUGCCUUUGAUUAUGUCCUUCUCUGCGUCAAAGCCCUUCCCGACGUCUACAACCUAGCAGAUAUAAUCCAGUCUGUCGUUACCCCUCAACACACCUGCAUUCUCGUUAACACCACAAACACUUUGGGGGUGGAACAACAACUUGAAGAGCGGUUUCCUACGAAUGUUGUCUUGUCUCUUGUUUCCGGCGCCAAUUUGACCCAGCUUGGGUCCAGCGAGUUUGAACACACUGGAUCAACGGAAAUUUGGGUUGGCCCGGCAAGCAAGAACGCCUCGAUUCCCGAGUCGAUCCAGGGGGACAUGUCAGAAGCCCUGGCUAUGACCUUGACCACUGCACAGGUCGACUGCAAAGUGUCGGGAAAUAUUAAGCAACAGCAAUUUGAAAAGAUGAUUGGGCCCAUUGCAUUCCAUCCUGCAAGCGUCCUUUUCGAAAAGCCGAACCUCUCCGACCUGGUCCGGGUACCUGGGGUCCACGAUCUGAUAUCCGAUGUCAUUGAAGAGUUGAUACAGAUUGCCCUCUCUCAAGAUUGCAAAUUUCCGAGCAACUUUAAGGAAACCACAAUGCGAUCCAUGGUCGGAUCAAGUCAAGAUCCUAGCACCAUGUACCAGGACUUCACAUCUCGCCGUCCCAUGGAGGUCGAAACCUACUUAGGCUCUCCGGUGGAACUAGCCAAAAAGGCGAACAUCAAGGUCCCCCGACUCGAAACUUUGUACACCAUGCUACGUCACAUCAACACUGUCAGUAAGGAUCGCCCUGCCGCUUCUGCCAGCAUGCCGCAGUCGCCAUCGGUCAUGCAACCGCCGCCCCGCACGAUGUCUCUUGCAAAUCCCCCUCCUCCUCGACAAUCGAACCCCCCGGUCAAUGGAGGUCCCCGGCCGAUGCGCGGUCCCAACAUGGGACCAUCCAUGAUGCCACCCGGGAGACGUGGUCCUCCUCCCGUCAACGGCUUUCGCGGACCACCAAACAGUUACCCGCCCCGAGGACCUAGUCACAUGCAACGUCGACCGUCUUACGAUGAAACGAAUCUGGACGAGUUUAGUCACGUUGUGCUUUACGACGAACUCCCUGACGGUGAGGUGGCUGCGAAUUUUCCCGACAACGGAAACGCGGCUGCGGCGGCGUUGCGUGAGCGAGAACUAGCGCUUCGGGAAAAGGAGCUGCACCUCAAACAACACGAGAUGGCUAUGAGGAACCGCCCGGGUCGAAGGGCCUCACACAACCGGCACCAGGACUUCGAUGACGACGACGAUGACGACGAUUAUUUUGAUCCGAUGCAGCCACGCGGUCCUCCAAUGCCCCCGAUCGACCCAGACAAUUUCGAUAUGAUGAGUGUUACAUCUAGGCGGACUAAACGGACAACCAGCCAGAACCAAUUGCGGAAAGAUGUCUUCGCUAACGGGAAUGGCAUGCGUCCCGGUUCUUAUGGUCGCCCCAACCUCAACAGGCAUCGGACCAGCACCCAGCUCAUGUCCGACAUGCCUAUGCUCGGAGAGAAUAUCCUGGACAAUCCAAUGAUGGGCUUCUCGUCCAACCGGUAUGGUUCGGUGGACCGCAAGGAAAUGGCGGAUGAAUCACGUGCGAAUUCCCUAACGGCAAGCCGGCUUCAAGAACUUGGUGCAAAUGGGGCCCCCUACCCUGGUCCGCCUAGUAGACGAACAAGUCGGUCGCCGGGGAAUCCAUUUAGCCCUCCUGGACGGGCACCCAAUCGACCGUCUCCCCCAAUUGAUCCCUAUGUGCAACCAGGACAGCGCAACGGCCGACCAUCUCCGCCAGGGGGCAUGCCUGCACCAAUACCCAGGUAUCCUCCCGGCCAAGGCGGCAUCAUUCCUCCACAGCAAAUGGAACAGGCCGGGGUGAGCAAACCAUUCCCACCACCAAAAGCACCUGUGAAAAGUCUGACUGGGAGUGCCAGUGCUAGCGCUGGAAGCGGCGAUAGCGGAAGUGCCAAUAUCGAUUCGGAACCGUCAGCCCACAGCAGCACCAGUAGCUUCGCGCCUCGACAGAUGUUGAGCAUCCGUUGA